UUUAUUAUCCUUUUCACCAUCUGUAGGACUCAAAGUUGGAUGUAACUAUUGGCCCAUAUGAAACCUAUGAGGAUUCAAUUUUUGGAUAUAAGGCUACCUUUGAGGCAUUUAUCGGUGUCCGAGAUGACAAAGCAACAGCUCAAGUAAAGCUGUUUGGUGACCAUUUGCAGGUUUUGGAAAAGAAUCUUCCAAUGGAUAAUGUUUAUAAGUCGAAAGAUGUGACAUGUGCUCCUAUUCGGGUAAUCCAGCUUCUCUACAAUUCAGGGGAUGUAAAGGGCCCACAAACAGUUGCGUUCAAUCUUCCAAAUGAUGAAAGGAUUGUGAAAGAUAGAGGAACAUCAAUGGUCCUGCUUAAGAAUGUUUCAGAGGCAAAGUUUAAGCUCAUCCUCCAGCCUAUAGCUGAUGCAUGUGUCAGCAAGGAACUUAGGGAGCUUGUGGACUUUGAAUCUUUCUUUACUCACACAAUAUGCCACGAGUGCUGCCAUGGCAUUGGGCCCCAUACCAUCAAACGCCCAAAUGGGAAGACCUCCACAGUGCGAUUGGAGCUGCAAGAGCUGCAUUCAUCAAUGGAAGAAGCUAAAGCUGAUAUUGUGGGACUUUGGUCCCUAAAGUUCCUAAUUGAUGAGGGUUUGCUUCCAAAGAGCCUAGUGAGAUCAAUGUAUGUCUCAUUUCUUGCUGGAUGCUUCCGUUCAGUUCGCUUUGGGUUAGAGGAAGCUCAUGGAAAAGGACAAGCGCUUCAGUUCAACUAUAUGUUUGAGAAAGGUGCGUUUGUUUUACAACCUGAUGGGGCUACCUUCUCCGUUGACUUUGAUAAGGUUGAGAGUGCUGUUGAAAGCCUGAGUAGGGAAAUCCUUACAAUACAAGCAAGAGGUGAUAAAGACGGUGCAAGAAUGCUACUUCAGAAAUAUGGAGUUAUGACUCCACCCUUGCAAAGUGCUCUUGAUAAACUUGAAAUGAUUCAGGUUCCCGUGGACAUAGUUCCUGAAUUUCCCAUUGCUGACCAAAUAUUAUGUGAUUGCCAUUGAGCACUUGAAGACUUGAAAAAGAAAUGAAGCAGCCCUUGUAUUAGGACACUUGUUGUGACUAGUGAAGAGAUAUAACCUUUUAACUAUUUGCCUUUAUCUUUUGCAAUAAAAACAAAAGAUACUAAAAAACUUUGAAUAGACCAUUUUACUAUUUCAAAUCCAUUAAUGAGUAUCAUAUAAACAUACUAACUUUGGAAACACUAUUAAUAUGUCAUCUUGAC